AUGGUUCUAUUAAAUGCAACAAAGCCAAAAAUUAUUAUUGAAUCUUCUGGAAUACCAAUAAUGCAAGAGAGUAUACCUGGUAUACUUUCUUCUCCAGUAGAAAAGACCGUUUAUAGUAGUUAUGCAUAUAACGUUCCUGUUUCGCAGCCAAAGGUUAUAUCUCAUAAUGAAUAUAAAUAUAAUUCGACAAAGUACACAACCAAAUCACAUAAUAUGCAAAAGCCUGAAUUCAUUAAUACUUUUGAGCCACAUAAUGGAUUCUAUUAUGAAGGAAUUCCAUUAAAAACUAAUACAAAUAAUAUCUUCGAAAUAACUCCAUCACAAGAAGAAUUAAAUAAAAUAACAUAUAACCCUAGAAUUGAAAUUUAUUCUACAUCAGCUUUUGCAGUAGUAAUGAUGGAUAUCCCAGGGACUUCUAAAGAAAAUUUAAAUGUUGAGCUAGAAAAAGGAUUAUUAAAAAUUUAUGGACGUAAAAAUAAACCUAAGAUUGAAGAAUUAGAAAAAGAAAAUGAAUAUCAUACAAAAAUUAUAGAAAGGUUAAAUGAAUAUUAUUUUUGCAAGAUUUUUCAAAUGCCUCCUGCAUUUUCUGAAGGACAAAGUAUAUCAUGUAAAUUAAAUGAUGGAGAACUCGUGAUUAAAAUUUUAGCAAAUGAAUUGAAAACACAGAAGAAGGUUAUUGAUAUACAGUCAUAG